AUGAAGGGUCAAAAUCAUGCUUAUAACAGAUCCCUGGAUCGUGGACUAGAUCGAGAUCGUUUCCGUGACGGAACUCCAAAUCUGAAUCGGAAAAGGGAAAAACAACCGGAGAUCGAUAACGAAGAAAUAGAUGUUGAUGGGGAAAACCCACAAGUUCGAGGAAUUAUAGGGCAUGCGUUCGGCAGCCCAUCUAGGAGGAAUGACCGUCGACAGGACAUGCAAGAUGGUCGCACCGCGACUCCUAGUACAGAGGAAGAAAUGUUACUCAACCGGUUGAACGAGGUGGAGAAGGAGAACGCUCUCCUGAGGUUAGAACGUGAAAACCAGCCUCGACCUAGGUUUGGAAAUAUGAACAACCAGAGGGUGAAAAAUCUGUUGGUCACUGGAGAUAUACCUAAGAGAAGGUCUGUACGACCUCGGCGAGCAGGGACCCGGCCAGCUGCAACUCAGCAGAGUGUGUCCAGAACUUCUACCGGUUCAAAAUGUACCAGGAAUGAUGAAGAUGAUGUUCGAGAUCGAUACGAUGAGAGAGAAUUUUCGCACGAUUACUAUGCUCGUUCGGAGCAAGGCAGAAAUAGAAGAGACCCCACUGGUCCCCGAAGGAAAAGAAAUGAGAUAUACAUCUCAUAUUCCAGAGGACCGAGACUACGGGAAGGAAGACAGUUCCUCAGAUGGCGACAUAAACGCAAUAACAGAGGUUCUCCUUUGCAAGAUGAUCGAGAAAGUAAUGUCGAAAAAGCAGUCCAGAGAAGAAAAAUAGACCGGUUGCAUCGAUCUGCAGAAGCCCCUUCAAGCUGA